CUUAACCCAGGUGCACCACGCGUACUCCUAUUGGGAGCGCGGUUUGUUUUCAGCUUGUGUUUUGAAUCGGUGUUACCCCUUUUUUUUAUACUUUAACUGCUCCUUAAUCGAGCGCAUCAUGUCGGAUACGUGGAGCAACAUCCAGGCUCACAAGAAGCAGCUGGACUCGCUGCGGGAGAGGCUGCAGCGGAGGCGGAAGGACCCGGCGCAGCUCUCCGGGGCGGAUGGCGGGGUAACCACUGAUGGCUCCACAGCCAGGAGCGACAGCCCAGCUCCAUCAACUCCUUCUACUUCUCAGGAGGAGACAGAGAAACCACCAGACCCAGAACUGGAGAAGAUGCUGCUGGGAUAUCUCUCUGAUCUGAGCCUCACACUGCCGACGGACUCACUGGCCAUUACAAACCAGCUCAACAGUGCUGAAGGUGCUGUUACUCAUGGAUGCAUCCAGAGCCUGCUUCUCAAGUUCUCUGCACAGGAGCUCAUUGAGGUCCGACAGCCUACCUCCAUCUCUUCUUCUUCUACGACUUCCUCUCCUCCUGCUACGGUCGUCGUAGCUGUGGAUCACACAAAGCUUUGGGCCAUGAUUGGUUCGGUGUCUGGAGCCCAGAGAGCUGGAGCCAAGAGAAAAGCUGAAGACCAGACCCUCGGUGGCUUUUCACCUAAACUGCAAAGCUCUGCAUCGCCUCCACACAUGUCCUCCUCCUCCUCCCUGACGCCGGCCUCUUCCUCGCAGCUGGCGGGAUCUUCUUCUUCAGGGAGCGGAGCUGAGAAGAAGGGUCGCAGCAGUAAGAGCCAGUCGUCUCAUUUGGACAUGGAGAUUGAGAGUCUCCUUAACCAGCAGUCCACCAAGGAGCAGCAAAGCAAGAAGAUGAGUCAAGAGAUUCUGGAGCUCCUUAAUGCCAGCACAGCCAAGGAGCAAUCUAUAGUGGAAAAGUUCAGGUCUCGAGGAAGAGCUCAGGUCCAGGAGUUCUGUGAUUACGGGACCAAAGAGGAGUGUUUCCGCUCCGGGGACAGUCCUCAGCCGUGCCCUAAGCUCCACUUCCGCCGCAUCAUCAACAAGCACACAGAUGAGAGUCUGGGUGACUGCUCCUUCCUCAACACCUGCUUCCACAUGGACACCUGUAAAUACGUGCAUUAUGAGAUCGACAGCCCCCCAGAGGCAGAGAGCAGCCUGAUGGGGCCGCAGGCGGGGACCCCGGAGAUCGGCCUCCAUGCUGAAGACGCAGACAGCACCGUGGGCAAACUCUUCCCUUCGCAGUGGAUCUGCUGCGAUAUCCGCUACCUGGACAUGUCCAUCCUGGGGAAGUUUUCUGUGGUGAUGGCUGACCCUCCCUGGGACAUUCACAUGGAGCUGCCAUACGGCACCCUCACUGAUGACGAGAUGAUAAAACUCAGCAUUCCUGCCCUGCAGGAUGAUGGUUUCCUCUUCCUCUGGGUCACUGGAAGGGCCAUGGAGUUGGGCCGGGAGUGUCUCAGCCUCUGGGGCUAUGAGCGCGUGGAUGAAAUCAUCUGGGUGAAAACCAACCAGCUGCAGCGAAUCAUUCGCACAGGCAGGACGGGUCACUGGCUGAACCACGGGAAGGAGCACUGUCUGGUGGGCGUGAAAGGAAACACUCAGGGGUUCAACCGAGGUUUGGACUGCGACGUCAUUGUGGCUGAAGUCCGCUCCACCAGCCACAAACCAGAUGAGAUCUACGGCAUGAUAGAGCGGCUGUCGCCCGGCACGAGGAAGAUCGAGCUCUUCGGCCGACCUCACAAUGUCCAGCCCAACUGGAUUACUCUGGGAAACCAGCUUGACGGCAUUCAUCUGUUGGAUCCUGAGGUUGUGGCCCGUUUUAAAGAGCGAUAUCCAGAUGGAGUCAUCUCCAAGCCGCACACGCAGUGAAGAUAUCUGUGCUUAUCCGCCGAUGUUUUUUAGACCUGUGAAUACUUUUUUUUAAAUAUUUUUGAACCAGGUGAUUUUUCUCUUUUUCCCCUCGAGAAUGAACUAAAGCGAUAUGAAGAGAAGACUUUUUGCUACCUGAGAGUAAAAAUGUUCCAUGUAACCCAAGCAUUUCAUUCUUGUAGAUGUGUUUUCUUCUAUAUAUAAAUAUUUACAGUGAGGAAAACAAGUAUUUGAACACCCUGUUUUUUAGCAAGUUCCCCCACUUAGAAAUCAUGGAGGGGUCUGAAAUUGUCAUUGAAGGUGCAUGUACACUGGGAGACAUACAAUCGAAAAAAAGGCAAAUCCAGAAAUUACAAUAUAUAAUUUUUUUUAACUACGUUUUUGUAUGAUACGGCUAUAAAUUGGUAUUUUCUGUCUCCAGGUGGACACCGAUGACAAUUACAAACCCCUUCAUGAUUUCUAAGUGGGAGAACUUGCAAAAUAGCAGGGUGUUCAGAUAGUUAAUUUCCUCACUGUAUAGAUUACUUUCUAGUAAAAUCUAUUUUCACAUUUACGA